AUUUCACCAUCCCCCCAGCAAAUAUAUCAUUUUAUAUAUUUGCUGUAUACUUACUUCCCUCUCUCUCUCUCUCUCUCUCUCCAUUAAAUUUGUUUGCCAAGAAACACAUCCAACACUAUCUUUGUUUCUUGUUUCCUUUGUGUUCCCAUCCGAAUUUCAUUAACUUCUUCCCCCUAGCCCUUUAAAUUCCUUUGUCCAUUUCGGUUUCCUUGAAUUUUGGAAGUGGUGAUCAGAAAUGGAGUGCUCGCGUCAGAACGGGAACGGCCACGCUCCGAAGGUGGAGAGCUUGUGCGUGAAGGAUCCGUUGAACUGGGGUGCGGCCGCGGAGGCGUUGAAAGGUAGCCAUUUGGACGAGGUGAAGAGGAUGGUGGGGGAGUUCCGGCGGCCGGUGGUCCGGCUGGGUGGGGAGAGCCUGACCAUUGCGCAGGUGGCGGCGGUGGCAGCGAGGGAAGUGGCCGGGGUGGCGGUGGAGCUGUCGGAGGCGGCGAGGGGCGGAGUGAAGGCCAGUAGCGAUUGGGUGAUGGAGAGCAUGAACAGAGGGACGGAUAGCUAUGGGGUCACCACUGGGUUUGGUGCAACUUCGCAUAGGAGGACCAAACAAGGUGCUGCUCUCCAAAAGGAGCUCAUAAGAUUUCUGAAUGCUGGAAUAUUUGGAAACGGGACGGAGUCGACCCACACACUGCCCCACUCUGCAACAAGGGCUGCCAUGUUAGUGAGAAUCAACACACUCCUCCAAGGGUACUCAGGCAUUAGGUUUGAAAUGCUGGAAGCCAUGACAAAGCUCCUCAACAAAAACAUCACUCCUUGUUUGCCGUUGCGUGGCACCAUCACCGCCUCCGGCGACCUGGUCCCCUUAUCGUACAUUGCCGGACUUCUAACGGGCCGACCCAACUCCAAAUGUGUCGGGCCCAAGGGAGAGGUCCUUGAUGCUGCAGAAGCGUUCCGCCUCGCCGGGAUUGAGAAUGGGUUCUUUGAGCUGCAGCCCAAAGAGGGCCUUGCCCUAGUGAAUGGCACAGCUGUUGGGUCUGGUUUGGCCUCCAUGGUCCUGUUUGACGCCAAUUUACUAGCUGUUUUGUCUGAAGUUAUCUCAGCAAUUUUUGCUGAAGUGAUGCAGGGUAAACCUGAAUUCACUGACCAUUUGACACAUAAACUGAAGCAUCACCCGGGCCAAAUUGAAGCUGCAGCCAUAAUGGAACACAUUCUGGAUGGGAGUGACUAUGUCAAGGCUGCAAAAAAGUUGCAUGAAAUGGACCCCCUCCAGAAGCCUAAACAAGACCGAUACGCGCUCCGUACCUCACCCCAGUGGUUGGGGCCGUUGAUCGAAGUGAUUCGUUCCUCGACUAAGUCAAUCGAGCGUGAGAUCAACUCAGUGAACGACAACCCUUUGAUCGACGUGUCGAGGAACAAGGCCUUACAUGGUGGGAAUUUCCAGGGUACCCCAAUUGGUGUCUCGAUGGACAACACUAGAUUGGCUCUGGCUUCGAUUGGUAAACUCAUGUUCGCCCAAUUCUCUGAGCUAGUCAAUGACUUUUACAACAAUGGGUUGCCUUCAAAUCUCUCUGGUGGGAGGAACCCGAGUUUGGAUUACGGGUUUAAGGGCGCGGAGAUAGCAAUGGCGGCCUAUUGUUCUGAGCUCCAGUUCUUGGCUAACCCUGUCACCAAUCACGUCCAGAGUGCUGAGCAACACAACCAAGAUGUGAACUCACUUGGGUUGAUUUCUUCGAGGAAAACAGCAGAGGCGAUCGACAUUUUGAAGCUCAUGUCGUCGACAUUCUUAGUUGCUAUUUGCCAAGCAAUCGACCUGAGGCACUUGGAGGAGAAUUUGAGGAACACAGUUAAGAACACGGUCGGUCAAGUGGCCAAGAAAGUCCUCACAACGGGGGUCACUGGGGCGCUUCACCCUUCAAGGUUUUGUGAGAAGGACUUGCUUCAAGUUGUCGAUCGUGAGCACGUUUUCGCUUACAUCGAUGAUCCGUGUAGCGCAACGUACCCACUCAUGGUGAAGCUAAGGCAAGUCCUCGUUGAGCACGCGCUGGCCAACACAGAUGAUGUCAAGAACGCGAACGAUUCAAUCUUUCUGAAGAUUGGUGCUUUUGAGGAGGAACUAAAGUCCCUUUUGCCAAAGGAAGUUGAGAGCACAAGAAGUGCUGUGGAGAGCGGAAAUCCAGCAGUUCCAAACAGGAUCAUGGAGUGCAGGUCUUACCCUCUGUACAAGUUCGUGAGGGAGGAGUUGGGGACUGAGCUGUUGACAGGAGAGAAGAUUACUUCUCCUGGCGAGGAAUGCGAUAAGGUGUUUUCUGCGAUUUGCGAAGGAAAGAUGAUCGAUCCACUGCUCGAAUGUCUCAAAGACUGGAAUGGCGCCCCCCUGCCAAUUUGCUAGACCACCCCAACCUUGCACCAAGAAAUUUGUUCAUGAGACAGGCUGUCUGUUGUGUUAUUUUAAUUUUUUAGAACUUGCGUCUUUGGAGUUAACGGGAUUACUGCCCUGCCCUUGGCUUUUGAUAUCAAGAUAUUUGUUUAUGGGAUUAUUCGUGGUUCGGUCUUUUUGUAUUUCAUGAAUUCAUGUACAGCAAAAGUCUACUUUUAUGGUUACAUAUAUAUAAAUUGGUAUUCGGGACA